AUGAACCAGGCCUUCUGGAAAACCUACAAAUCCAAAGUGCUACAGACCCUGAGUGGGGAAUCUGAGGAGGAACUGGCAGAGGAGAGGGAGAACCCAGCUUUAGUGGAGACUGAGACAGCAGAACCGACUCCAGAGGCCUUCAAUCCCAUGUCACAGUUGGCCCGCCGGGUUCAGGGGGUUGGGGUGAAAGGUUGGCUGACAAUGUCAUCUUUGUUUAACAAAGAAGAUGAGGACAAGCUGCUGCCGCCAGAGCCCUGUGCUGACCACCCUCUGGCUGCGCAGCCCGCCUCGCAGGCGGCGGAGGCGGAACCGCGCGGGCUUGGAUUCUGGGACGCGUUCGCCAGCAGGUGGCAGCAGCAGCAGGCGGCGGCAGCGUCCAUGCUGCGCGGCGCCGAACCCACCCCGGAGCCGGACCCGGAAGCCGGGGACCCCGAAGCCGGGGACGAGGCUACGGAGGAAGUCGCCGAAAACCCCGAGCCGAGGGAGACCAACUCGGCUGCCGACUUCAAGUGGGGCUUCCUCACCCACAAACUGGCCGAGUUGAGGGUGAAGGCUGCGCCCAAAGGUGACUAG